AUGUCCGAAGAAAGCUUUUUGGUCAACAAGCAAUGCGUUUUGGUGCUGAGCCGCAAUUUCACUGCGAAGCGUGUUCGGACAAGCGAAUGGAAGGCACGCCGACGGGGCGGCGGCUUCGGCCGGAGCAAGCGCCUUGUGGGCAAGGCCAAGAAGGGGCAGAAGGAGGAGGAGGGGGAGGAAGAUGCGGAGGAGCAUGAGGAGGAGGAGCAAACUGAAGGGGCCCUGUCCACAGUCUUCUGCUGUCAUGACUUCGAUGCGCUGCUAGUGUUCUCUGAGCAUGGCUUCGUCUAUAUGCUGCAGGCUUUGGACGUCCCGCUGGUCAAGAAGAGCAACAUGGAGGGUGCACAAUUGAAGGACUUCCUGCCUGAGCUUGAAGAUCAUCGCAUUACAGCCCUUGUCACAGUUUCCCAUCGUAGCCUGAGGGAACAAACUGACGACUUUGUGGUCCUCCUGUCUGAGAAAGGCUUCGCCAAGAAGGUCUCUGUGGACCGAUUCCGUGGACUCCGGCCGGGCAAAGGCUUGCAAGCCAUGAAACUGGUCGCUGACGAUAAGCUGCAGUGGGCUCACAAGGCAAGUGCAAACUCCGCUUUGGUCGUCGUCACAGCAGAAGGCUGUGUCCUCCGUGUGUCUCUUGGCCAGGACUGGUCCCUGAGCACUGCAAAAGGGCCUGGCCGCUUGGUGAUCAAAAUGGCGAAGAAGUUCCAGGAUGAUUACAUCGCUGCAUCCAGCAUCUCUGAGCUUACUGCAGCAGAGUUGGCCAACAUCCGUGCGAAGGCAGCCGCCAAGGCCAGCGCUGCAGCUGCAGUGCGCGCCAAAACGGAGGAUCCGGCCAAAGCAGAGAAUGAUGAGUCAGACAAGGAUGAGCCCGCAGAAAGGGAGGAGGCUGCGGGAGACGACAGCGAUGAGGAUGAGAAGGAUGGAGAUGAGGAUGCUGGUAACGACAGGGCCGUCGAUGGCGUGCAGGAUGAAGUGAUGGAUGCUGGGCAGGAGGUGGCGGUGGAUGACUCCGCAAACUCUGCAAACUCAGAUCUGGGGCCCUGCGUUUUACUCGUCACGAAGUGUGGCCUGGGCGCGAGGGUGCCACUCAGCUGGAAGAGGAUUGGCCUGGGACGUCGUGGAGGGGUUCCCAAGCGAGUGCUGAGGGUGGCGGACAACGACAGCGUGGUGGCUGCAUGCGUUGUGUCCGGAAGGGACAUCAAGGAGCCUGCAAAGCCCCUUGAGGCGCUCCAGCUCUACCUCAAAGAGCAUGCGGAUGCUGCAGAGGCAGGUGUCAACAGCUUGCCAGAAGAAGACCUGAUGCCGUACCGACAGCAGGAGCAGGAAGCAAAGAGGAAGUACGCGGAGGACCUCGAGUCCUUCCGCCGACAGGACUGUGAGGAAGUUCUGCUUGGCAGCACUGGCGGGGCGGUCACGAGGAUCAAAGUCAGCACCGUGCCUGUCCACGCCAGGGAGCGGCGAGGCCGUGUGCUUGCCAAGACAAAGGGCAGCGAUCGCAUCUGUCUGGCAUCGCUGUUGUCUUCCAUCGAGGAUGAUGGGGAUGAGACUGGUAAAGAAGCAACCAAGCUUACGCCGUCAAAUUCCGCGGCGUCAAGACGUCGCAGGGCGGCAGAUCCUGGGCCAGACAGCGCUGGCAGCGGCAGCACUCUCCGAGGCUCAGAAGCGCACGAAGUGCUCGAACCAAAGGCGACCGAGGCUGCGGUUCCACUUCCGGUGGAGCGCACUCCGCGCUCCAAACUGACACAGAGCCUGGCCAAGAGAAGGCGCUCCUCCAACAUGUCUUCGCCGAGGCAGAGGUCUCCGCGAAGUCCUAUUCAAAGCUCUAUACGGCUGCUGAAGCCGAAAUUGCGGGUGCUCAAGAGCCCCUUCUUCGCGAAGAGCAUGAUCCCCAAGGUCUCCACAUUCGACAUCACCCUUGGACGCUUCGUGUCCUGA